GCUGUUAUAAAUAAGUGAAUCAACAUGCCUUGAAUUCAUCAGAGUCAUCUUGGAAGAAGAAGAAGAGCUGCUUGUAUAAUUGGUUUGUGAGCUUGAGAAGAGAUUCUCUGCAAAGUGAGGUAGACAGAGUGCUGUGUGAGUGUGUGUGAAGAAAGAGUUUAUGGACAUUCAGACAAGACAGGAUCUUAGAGGGGAUUGCAUGCUUACUGAAGUCUCCCUUGAUUGGAGGGGCAAUCCCUGCAAGCCCAACAAGCAUGGGGGCAUGAGAGCUGCUGUCUUUGUGUUAGGCAUUCAAGCAUUUGAGAUCAUGGCAAUUGCUGCUGUUGGCAACAACCUCAUAACAUAUGUCUUCAAUGAGAUGCACUUUUCUCUGUCAGAAUCAGCAAACAUAGUGACCAACUUCGUAGGAACCAUUUUUAUCUUGUCUCUCCUUGGUGGGUUUCUCUCAGAUUCUUACCUGGGGAGCUUCUGGACCAUGUUGAUAUUUGGAUCUGUCGAGCUCUCAGGCUUCAUACUGCUAUCGGUGCAAGCACAUCUUCCACAGCUGAGGCCACCACCAUGCGACAUGAUGUCAGAAGCGCAUUGCAUGGAGGCCAAAGGCUUCAAGGCAACCAUGUUCUUUCUUGCACUCUAUCUGGUGGCCUUGGGGAGUGGCUGCCUGAAACCUAACAUGAUAUCCCAUGGUGCUGACCAGUUCAGAGAAGAUGAUCCGAACCAGUCGAAGAAGCUCUCCACAUAUUUCAACAUAGCGUACUUCAGCUUCUGUGUGGGAGAGCUGAUAGCUCUCACCGUUCUCGUUUGGGUCCAGACGCGAUCAGGGAUGGACGUCGGUUUCGGAGUGUCAGCAGCUGCCAUGGCCAUGGGGCUCAUCAGCUUAGUUUCUGGUGUUCUUCUCUACAGGAACAGGCCUUCGCAGGGCAGCAUCUUUAACCCCAUUGCAAGAGUGUUUGUAGCAGCUUUUUCCAAGAGAAAGCAGGUUUGCCCCUCCAUCGUUGGUGAUCUUGUACCUUCUCCAAGUGUCCACAACCUCAUGCACAUCAACAAGUUCAGAUUUCUGAACAAAGCCUGCAUGAAAUCUCAUGAUGGUUCUGCCAUGAAAGAGAGCCGGUGGAGGCUAUGCACCCCUGCAGAAGUCGAGCAGGUGAAGGUGAUCCUUUCGGUGAUACCCAUCUUUGCAUGCACUAUCAUCUUCAACACGAUCCUCGCCCAGCUCCAGACCUUCUCGGUCCAACAGGGAAGUUCCAUGAACGCCCAGCUCGCUGACUCCUUCAAAGUCCCACCGGCUUCUCUCCAAGCCAUCCCUUACAUGAUGCUCAUCGUACUGGUGCCCAUCUACGAGACCUGCGUCGUCCCUCUCGCUCGACGGCUCACCGGAAAAGACCCUGGGAUCUCUCCGCUGCAGCGGAUCGGCGUCGGUCUCUUCACCGUCACCUUCUCGAUGGUCGCAGCUGCCAUGAUCGAGAGGAAGAGAAGAGAGACGGCCAUUGGGUCGAACGAGCUGCUGUCCAUCUUCUGGAUUGCCCCUCAGUUCCUCAUCUUUGGGCUCUCGGAGAUGUUCACAGCAGUGGGGCUCAUCGAGUUCUUCUACAAGCAGUCGUCGGCUGGCAUGCAGUCCUUCUCGACUGCCAUGACCUACUGCUCUUACUCGUUUGGGUUCUUCUUGAGCUCCCUCCUUGUGUCAUCGGUGAACAAGAUCACAUCAAACUCAUCAAAUGGUGGAUGGUUGAGCGACAACGACCUCAACAAGGACAGACUCGACCUCUUCUACUGGCUACUGGCUGCUCUCAGCCUCCUUAACUUCUUCCACUAUCUUUUCUGGGCCAAAUGGUACUCCGACACUCCAUCUCCAUCAACUGUUACAACACAUGAAGAAGACUACCGCAGCGUCAGUUCUUCAAAGCAUGUCGGAGCUGAUCAGGACGUACUGUGAAAUCACCAUCCCACAUGAAGCUUCCUUCUCGUGAGUCCUAUACUGGAACUAAUCUAAACCAUGAACAUCUCAAGUAGGUUUCACACCAAAUCUAGCUGGUGCUGAACCAUGAAAACCUCAAAGAUUGUCUAAAAGGAAGUCAGGUUCCAUCUGAAUCAUUCACCGUCGAAGAAAACAUACUGUCUGCUCUCUUUUCUUGUCUUCU